AUGUGCGGCGAGCUUAGCGAGUCAGAAGAGGAGCUGUCAGCUGAGCAAGAGGCGCAUCUCGGGCGUAUAGUCGAUUGUCACGCACAUCCGCACGAUACCAAGCAUUUCGAUGCAGAGCAAGAUGGCGUGGACAAGCUCGUCUGCGCAAAGAUGGUCUGCAUGUCCAGCAAUCUGCACAACCAAGAGCUCACGGCCCGACUUGCGAGUCGACACCCUGAAAAGAUCGUACCUGCUUUUGGCCUCCAUCCUUGGUUCACACACGCCAUCGCCAUCGAGCCAUUUGCAGACAAGCUAGACCACUACACUCGACUAUGGCCUGGCACAGAUGACGAGCGUCACCCUGAGCUGACAGAGGAGCUCAUGCGGAACUUGCCCGAACCGCUCAUGCUGGACGAAUGGAUCAGAUCCCUGCGUGGCUAUCUGGACAGAUAUCCUACGGCUAUGGUCGGCGAAGUAGGCUUAGACCGUUCUGCUCGCGUGCCUUGCUUCGGCGGACACAUCGCUCCCGUCUCGUUACCGCCGACACGCGAAUGGCCAACUGGCCUGACGAAACUACGUACGCCCAUCGAACAUCAAAAGACCAUCUUGCUUGCCCAGCUGGAUAUUGCCAUCAUCUACCGACGCAACGUGUCCAUGCAUUCUGUAGCAGCACAAGGGGCAACACAAGACGUCCUCGCAGACCUGAAGAAGAAACACAAGACCCACCACGAUGACAUCGCCAUCGAUUUGCACUCGUAUGGUGGCAGCAAGGAAUCGGCCACGCAGAUUCAAAAGGCAUACAAGAAUGUCUGGUUCAGCUUUUCGAGUACGGUGAAUGCUCGCUCAGACAAGACAGAAGAGACCAUCGCUGCAGUAGCGAGGGAUAGAUUGCUCAUCGAAUCAGACUGGGCAUCUGCAAGGGGAUCAGAUAAGAAGCUGCACGAAGCACUGCUCAUGCUUCGAUCGGCUCACGAUCUCCAUGCCGACGCUGCUAUCGAGGGGCUCGAGCAAUCCUGGCAGCUCUUCCUGGACGGCAAUGAAGAGACAGGCGAGCGCUCAGGCCAGCUCAUCACUUUUGAUGACUUCUCCCGUAACGAGCACUCUGUCCAUUCUGAUCUCAACCGUCAGUACGAAGAGCUCAGAUCGCGCACGAAACUCACGCUUCUGAGCUGGACAACCGAGCUGGACAAGGUCCAAUCCACCGCACAGCAUGAAAAAGCCGCGAGCGAAGAAGGGACCUCUCAUCUUGAAAACGAUGGCGACUUGGCCAGCUCGAGAUUGAAGGUCAACGUGGGCCCUUCAGGACAGCAGUUGUACCAAGAUGGAUUAUCCAGCUCGCCCUUAGUCCUGCGCAUGUAUAUCAGUAGGGUAGAAAGCGUAGAUGUCAUGCUGACUCGAUGAUGAAGUUGUAUGCCAUGUGAUGAGCUCCAGCGGUAUAUUCAAACGGGGCGACUUCGACCAGAGGCAGAGUAGUCGGCGCCUACCUUCAGUAAGCAUUGUCGAACUGUUCAUGGACAGUACACACAACCACAUGCCAUGAGUCUGACUGCGCGUUGGUGCUCAGAAAGACAUGGAAGCCGAAAACUUAGGUCCUCAUGAGACCGAUAUUGCCGGGACACACCGCUGUCUGCAUUGUACAAUCGAUGCUCAAGAUCUCUUGUGGGCAUGCUUCGACUGACCGAUGAUGCGGCCCAUGACGUAC